UGUAGUAUUUCGGAGACAUUAAUCUAGUACCUGCAUGCAGACAUAUAAAAAACAAAAUUAGAACUGAAACAGUGAAAAAUGGAUUUAAGAUGCAUUAUUUAUUGAUUUCUGUGGAAAAAAAACCCAGGAUUUUUACUGUUUAAGUGUUUAGGAGACAUUGACUGAUCUACAGACUGUAGACAUUCUUCAGAACUUUUACAAAAUGUACUGUUAAUGAAAAAAGAAACCUAUCUUUUUUGUUUCAAUAAUUGCAGACUACCUAUAGUACAUAUUUGUAAUACCUAAAGCGAAGGAGAGACCUAAAGAGAAUGCAGGUAAAUUAAGUGUUCCUCUAGAGGAGGUAGAUAAAAAAAAAAUAAAACAGUAAUUAGAAAUCAUUAAUUAACAAUUAACAAUGGCAGCAGUGACAACUCAACAACCUCAGGCCUCAGACCAGAGUGGCCCUGAUUCUGUGCUGCUUAAGAGUGGCCCUGUUACUAUAAGACGUUUAAGGAACUCAGAGGAGGACUUCAAAUUCUUUGCAAGAGUGUUAGUCGAAGCCUUUGAAGGAAAAUUUGUCUAUGCUACAAGUAAACGCAGCCUUCCCGACAUGGAACAAUUCUUGAUGAACAGAGUGAGAAAUCUACCCCCGGAGUAUUACGAGAGAAAUCUGGUGGGGGAGUAUGAAGGGGAAAGGGCCUGCGCCUGUGUCCUGGUUUACAAUGGAGAUAGUGAAAUCUUCCCGGAGAGAGAGGAGGACAUGCCCCCACUUGGAUGUACAGAUAUUUGUGGGCUUGUGUGUAUGGAUUGUGCUUUAGGGGGUGAGAAGGCCCCACCAGGAAAGUGCUAUUUAGAUGCCAUUGGUGUAGAUGCCAAAUUUCGGGGAAAGGGUGUAGGAAAAGUUAUGCUAGACGCAGCUGAUGCCGAUGCAAGGAGAAAAGGAUGCAAGUCAAUUUACCUUAAGGUAGCCUGUGACAAUCGGGCUAAGCACCUUUAUGAGAGACAUGGAUAUGUGCUCAAGGAUAGAACCUCUCGCUGCUGCUGUAUGUGGUGUCAAACAGGGAUCAAAAUAAUAGAAGGCAAAAUUCCUUGCUUGUCGUAAAAGGCGACUAAAUGGGGUGGUCCUUCGGAUGAGACCGUAUAAACCGAGGCCCCGUGUCACAGCAGGUGUGGCACGAUAAAGAUCCCUCCCUGCUCAAAGGCCGUAAGUGCCGAGCAUAGGCCCAAAUUUGCAGCCCUUCACCGGCAAUGGUGACGUCUCCAAAUCAGUGAAAUAUUCUGGAGAGGGACGUUAAACAGUAUACAAUCAAUCAACUUAAAGAAAAUAUGGUUAGGACUUGCAAAUCACUUUGACAUAUCCGUGGUAUUUGAGUGAUCAGUAUCUGAGAUACUAAAGUUUGACUGUAGUAUCUUUUCAUUUGUAAGAGUUUUCUAUUAAACAUCUCUGUUUGAGCAAUGUGUAUCUAUCACAGUAUGCUUAAUAUGUUGUUUAACAUCAGAAAUAUUUUGUUUAAAAAAACACUGUUACCCCUCUGAAUGCUGAAAUUACACCAUAACAAUCAAAAUGAUUAUCAUUACUUGAGAAAACGUAAAAUUCUCAGAACUUUGACUAUGUUGCAGUUAUUUUAUUAUUAUU